AUGGAGAAUCAGGUUCAAAUGACUCUAGCCCAGUUCUUUAAGGGGGUGUUUGGUUCAAACGAAAGCAGGCAGAGAAUUCCAAAGCUGCUUCAGUACAGGAGAAGACCUUCUGCUCCUCCACCUCCACGUUCUUCUUCUUCUGGACAUAAGCAGGUGCACAUUCUAAGGGGAAAAGUUUUUGGAGAGGAAAUUCUUACUGAGGAAGAUGAUGCAGAUGAGGGAGUAUCUCAUCCUUUAUCUGUUCUAAAAGAGAGUAAUCACAAUGAUACUCCUCCAGGAUCAGUUUCUAACCCUGAGCCACUAGCCAGAGAACAGUUUGGAAAUAACAAUGAAAAAGUUGGCUCCAAAGGUUUGGAAGGCAUCAGGUUGGCAACAGCCACCAUGGAAUUUAAAGAUGUGAAAAACUUUAAGGAUUUCACCAUUAUAGUAAAUGGUUGGAAUAUAGAUUCUGAACUUCCUGAACAUGUUCGAGCCAAGUAUUAUGAGCUCUACUGUAGUCAGAAGGCUUUCCUUCAUGACCAUCUUCUCCCCGUCGUCAAUUGUAAGAUGAUUACUGGAAUAAUUCCUGGGAUCGUGGAUGUGGCCGACUUCAUACGAUCUUGCAACCUUACUACCUCUGAGAAUGACUUUGCAAAUUGUAACAAGUGUUUGGAUGCCUUUGAGAGGCUGGGCAUGAAUGUUGGGUUUUUACAUGCUCGACUGCACCAACUUAUGCGCCUAUCCUUUUUAUCAAAAGGAGCAAUGUACUCAAAGAUGUGCAAUGAACCUGUGUUAGAGCAAGCUUCUUUGGUACAGGAGACGAGAAAUCUGGAAGUGAAGCUUAUGGAAUGAAAAGAGGUCCAUGCAAGUAAAGCGGAGAAAAUGUGACUGAAAUUGAAGGCCAAGAGUUAUGAGGUGAAGUGUCAAGCAGAGGUCAAUGCUUCGUGGUGAUCUUUGCGUUCUGUCAUGUUGCAGUUUCUCCUCCUUUAUUGAGUAGCCUAAAUUUUGGAGUUGGACUAACAUAAAUCUAUGAUGAUGAGGAGUGUUUCUUUUUGUGGAACAUGAUUGUGGAUGUAUAUUUUUGUGAAAUAUAAUAGGUAGAUCAGCAUUGUAACUACAGAGGUCUCUGUCUAUCUACAUUGUAAUUAUGCAAAUGAUAAGCAUAUAAGAAAUACAAGGUACAAUGAAGGCUGUAAUCAGUACAUUGCUGUUCUACCAUA